CCUUUUGCAACUUAUUUUCCACUUGCCCCCCUCAUGAACGCGCAGCUCAACCUCAACUCUGAAGGCUGGGGAGUGAUAUUGCCCUAGAUUUCGACAUCUGAGUUCAGAAUUGCGCCGCUGUAGCUCUUUAAGAGGUGCCUUGUGGAUUACUUGGUUGGGAUUCUUAAAGUUCUCAAUGAUCACUUGCAGUGAAAACCCACUUUCUUCCGAGAAAAAUAAGUGUAAUCAGAUGGAUGAAGAAAAAGGAGAAAGAGUAUCAGGACCAAUCUUCAAAGACAUAAGGCGUUAUUUCUGUGAUCAUUGUGGAAUUUGCAGAUCUAAGAAGUCUCUCAUCACCACCCACAUCCUCACCCACCACCCGGAGAAAAUAGACAAUGGAGGGAAGGAAGAAGAGGAAGUUUCCACGUCAAAUGAAUGCCAAGAAUGUGGUGCUACUUUCAGGAAGCCUGCUCAUUUGAAGCAACACUUGCAAAGCCACUCUCUCGAGAGGCCAUUUGUUUGUUUAGUUGAUGAUUGUCAUGCUAGCUAUAGGAGAAAAGACCAUUUGAAUCGUCACCUUCUUCAGCACCAAGGAAAACUUUUCAGUUGUCCAAUUGAGACCUGCAAUAGCAAAUUUGCGUUUCAAGGCAACAUGAAAAGGCACGUGAAAGAAUUUCAUGAUGAAGAUUCAUCUUCCACUGAUGCUGCAAGCCAGAAGCAAUAUAUCUGCCAGGAAGUAGGAUGUGGAAAAGUGUUCAAGUUUUCAUCAAAGCUGAGAAAGCAUGAAGAUUCUCAUGUUAAGCUGGAUUCAGUUGAAGCCUUCUGUUCUGAACCAAGUUGCUUGAAAUAUUUUAGUAAUGAGCAAUGCCUUAAGGCUCAUGUGCAAUCAUGCCACCAAUAUAUUAAUUGUCAAAUAUGUGGGGCAAAGCAGCUGAAGAAGAACAUCAAGCGGCACCUUCGAUCACAUGAAUCAGGAGUUGCAUCAGAAAGAAUUAAGUGUGAUUUUGGGGGUUGUCUCCAUACAUUUUCAACUAAAUCAAAUCUGCGUCAGCAUGUCAAGGCUGUGCAUGAAGAACUCAAGCCUUUUGCAUGUAGCUUCUCUGGUUGUGGGAUGAGAUUUUCAUACAAGCAUGUCAGAGAUAACCAUGAGAAAUCAGCGCUCCACGUUUAUGUUCCAGGCGACUUCAUAGAGUCGGAUGAGCAGUUUCAGUCAAGGCCAAGGGGUGGGCGGAAAAGAACAUGUCCCACUGUGGAAAUGCUUAUUCGAAAAAGAGUUGCUCCACCACAAAUGGAUACGAUGAUGGAUCCAGGGCCUAUUCAGGGUUGCUCUUAACAGAUGACGGCCAACAGGCCCAACACUGAGACUAAAUGGGUAAAUACAGUUCAGCUAACUUGUAUUUUUUAGGUUAAUAUAAUUUAUAGCAUAAAAUAUCAUAGGUUCUGCUUCUCUUUUCUUCUGUAAUAAACUAAAGUUAGUAAUUGAUGGGCAGAUGUAUAUUAA